AUGCCAAACCAAGAAUCAUCAUCGAAUCAAGAGAUCAGCAAUCCACUCAGAAAACCGCUGACUUUACCAUGUGGGGCACUAUUGAAAAAUCGCAUCAUCAAGGCUUGUAUGUCGGAUUCGUUAGGCGAAUGUGGCUGCCCCACAAAGCCUCAGAUUCGACUGUAUGAACGAUGGGCCGAGGGAGGCGUGGGGCUUUCCUGUGUGGGAGAAGUUCAAGUCGAUCCACGCUAUCCAGAGAAACCGGGAAAUUUGGUACCUACGAUUACAACUGAUACUGUUCCUACCGACGACGAGAAGUCGUCCCCCAACGGGUUGUUUCGAGAAUUGACACGUAGGGCGACUAUCAAUGGAGCUCAUUUAUGGGCACAACUCGGUCAUGCUGGGGCGCUGACACAUCUUCCAGUCAAUCCUGUUCCCAAAGGUCCAUCACCAUUGAAUGUCCCGGGGUUGUCGUGUGAAGGAAUGUCGCUAGAAGAAAUUCAGUCCUUGCCUCGCAAGUAUGCUGCCACCGCGCAACGGUCCAAGGAACUGGGCUUCACGGGUGUCCUUAUCCAUGCAGGGCACGGCUUUUUGCUCAGCCAGUUCCUUUCUCCCCUUUUCAAUAAAAGGAACGACGAUUAUGGUGGGCCGAUUGACAGGCGAUGUCGAUUGAUACUUGAAAUCAUACAGGCGGUGCGAAAAGUCGUCGGACCUACCUUUCCGGUCGGCAUUCGAUUGAAUUCGACAGAUCAACUGGAAGGCGGCUUAAUCCAAGAGGAGGCUCUGGAAGCCGUUCGAUUGCUGGAUACGACAUCAAUCGAUUUGAUUGAUAUAAGUGGUGGAACUUACUUUCCCGGAGCCAAAUCGGCCGGAGACGGGAAGGGUGAAGGUCCCUACUUUCUUGAAUUUGCCCGCCGGGCUCGCGCACUCACAAACAAACCACUGGUCCUCACGGGGGGAUUCAAGAAACGCCAUCAAGCAUUAGAAGUCCUGAAUAGUGACACAGUUGAUGCCGUCGGAAUAGCUCGAGCCCUAGCCUUGAACCCUUCGUUGGCUACUGACUGGAUGGCCAAUUCUAAUGCAAUGACUACGAAUGUAGAUCCGACCUUUCCCCGCUUCCAGGAAACGGUGCCUGGUGGUAUUACGGCCUGGUUUACCAUGCAUUUGACUGCGUUAGGAGAAGAUCGGGAAAACAUAUUCGACAUGGGCUUGGCAACGGCACUAGGUGAGUACGAGGAAAGAGACGCACAACGAACUCUUGAAUGGCGACAACACUUUUCAAUGUCGAACUAG